AUGUUUUGGAUCGAAUGGUUUCGGAAUGAUUCCCGCGAGGCUAUUUCGGAUGUUGCUGAGAAUGACGCCAAUGCCCGAUAUGCGGGAUCGACUCAGAGAACACCUGGUCCCAAGGAAGAUACAGAUGAUUGGACUACACACAGCGGGCCCUCUGGCGCGUUGGAGGCGCCAAAGGUGGUAGAGGUUGCCGAUCGGACAGCCUCUUACUCAUGA